UUUAUUUGAUACACUGUAGCGUCUCUUGGAGUCCAUGGUUAGUGUUCUGUGUAGUUAUCCCCCUUUCAUUCCCAUUGAGUAAUGGGAAUUGCCUGCCUGACGAUUGCCUGGCCAAAUAACGAGUAACUUAUUUGGUUUGGUUUGGUUUGGUUUGGUUUAGUUUAUUUGAACAUGAAGGUUACAAUGGAAUACAUCUCAUGAAUCAUUCUUUGACAGUUCCACAUGUCCAAAAGGAGUAGGAAGAAGCAAAGCUUAUUUAAUCCUACCCCCCUUCCAAUCUACAUCUUGUACAGUACAUGUUGGUCACUUCCUGCAUUCCAUGUCAUGUUUUCAGUGAUAGUCAGGAUAACACAUAAUAGAUAACAGUAAGAUAGCCCUCCCCCCCAAAAAAAGAAAGAAGAAAAAAAAAUUAUAUAUAUAUAUAUACAUACACAUACAUUAAUAAUAAUAAUAAUAAUGACAAUACUAAAUAAAUAAAUAAAAAAGAACAAAGCUUUUUUUUUAAACACAACAAAGAAAAUUAUUAAAAAAAUAAAUAAAAAAUAAAAUAAAAUAAAAAUAAAUAAAUAAAUAAAUAACGAACCUGACAGAACAUCAGAACUCUUCUGCCUUGUAUUUGGAAGCAAGAUUGCCACAAUACACCCAACAAAAAUAUAAUUGCUCAAACCUUUCAUGAUCUGAACUCAAAGAGGUGUUUCUAUGUACACAGAAUACCCAUUUUUCUGAAAUAUUAUUCACAAAUCUGUCUAAAUCUGACGUCACAGUUUUUGAAGGAACGUGCAGUUGGCAUGCUGACUGCAGGAAUGUCCACUAGAACUGUUGCCUGUGAAUUGAGUGUUCAUUUUUCUACCAUAAGCUGUCUCCAUAGGCGUUUCAGAGAAUUUGACAGUACAUCCAACCCAGACCUCCACAACAAGUAUUUACAAGAUCGCCUGAGACUAGCCACCCGGACAGCUGCUGUGACAGUCGUUUUUCAAAACCAAACAAUUUCUGCACAAACUGUCAGAAACCAUCUCAGGCAAGCUCGUCUGCAUGCGCGCUGUCCUCAUCGGAGAAUCGACCUGACCGCAGUUAGCCGUCAUAACCGACUUGAGUGGGCAAAUGUUUGAUGGCUUCUUGCACUUUGAAAAAGUGUUCUCUUUACGGAUGAAUCCUGGUUUUCACUGUACAGAGCAGUUUGCUGAUAUCAAUGUUGUGAAUGGAGUGGCCUGUGGUGACAGGUAUGGAUAACCAACACAGGUGCAUUUUAUUGAUGGCAUUGUGAAUGCACAGAGAUACCGUAUUGAGAUCCUGAGGCCCGUUGUUGUGCCGUUCAUCCACCUGCAUCACCUCAUCUUGCAGGAAUCUGUACACAAUUCCUGGAAGCUGAAACAUUCCAGUUCUUGAAAGGCCAGCAUACUCGCCCAUUGAGCAUGUUUGGGAUGCUCUAGAUCGGCGUACACAACAGUGUUUUCCAGUCACUUCCUGCCAGUAUCCAGCAACGUCGCACAACCGUUGAAGACAAGUGGACUAAAUGCCACAAUUUUCUGACCAGGACCCCCCCCCAAAUACAGUUAAACUGCCCCAUUUAGGAGUGGCCUGUUAUUGUGGCCAGCCUAAGGCGUACCUGCCUAAUCAGCAUCUUGAUUCUUGAUUAUCUUGGCAAAGGAGAAGUGCUCACUAACAGAUUUGUGAGCAAUAUUUGAGAGAGAAGUUGUGUACAUACAAAAAGUCUUAGGUCUUUGAGUUCAGCUCAUGAAAGAUGGGAGCAAAAAGUGUUGCGUUUGUAUUUUUGUUGACUCCAUGUUCCAUUGUACGGUAUUUUACAUUUUUUAUUGCUAUCAAAACUUGCUAGGUAUUGCGAGUGUAACGUACAAACUGUUGGGUUCACAGCUUGAAGCCCUCUUAGAUAGGCGUGUGCUUCUAAGUUCCGCUCGCUUUUUUUUUUUUUUAACUAGCUCUGUGGUUGGGAGACAUCUGGGGAAAAUUUCAGCCUUUUGGCAUUCAAGGUGACACCUCUGGCAGAGCUGAGCUAUUGUUGUAACUGAGACCCAAACUGUUUUUUGUCAGAUUAAAUGAACUUAAUGUAGAAAAAUUGUAUGGGUUUUAGUUUACAGCCCAAUAAAUAGUAGCGGGAAAAUGUACCGUGGAACACAAACUGAUCCAGCGGGCUUCUCAUUUGGUCAUUUUAAAAGCGUUUUCCCCUUCAGGAACUAUCGAAAUUGAACUAAUCUGUUCAAGUCUGUUUGAGUCAAAUUGUCAUUAUCAUAAAACUUUACUAACAGUUUAGGCAAUGUUUUAACCUUUUUAACUGUCGCACAAGAGGAAAUAAGUUGUACAAUUAAAAUAGAAUAGAACUUGGUGAUGUAUGAUGUACUUCCAAGUUUUUGCAUUUUACUUUUUUACAGUCAUAGAAUAUGACUUCAUACCAGUUGAGGGCGUGUGGCUUACGUCAAGUCAACAGACUUCUUGUAUUUCACUUUUUGCAGUUAUAAUUGUCGUAAAAGUAUAAAAAGAAGUUAACCACCCAACAGUGAUAAGUGAAUUUCCGCGAAAUACGAUUUCUUCUUUAUAAAUUGAAUAUUUUCAUAAUUAAAGCAUAGAUAACCUCUUUACAAUAAUCUAAAUGUGUGUUUUAACAUUAUUAGAGCCCUGUAGACAUGAAAUAACACCCAUAUAGUAUUAUGAUACUAGUAUUACCCGCUAUAGUAGAUAUAGUCAGACAAAAUAAGCCAAAUAAGUGCUAGUGUGUGUUGCAAUAAAUGUGUUCCGGAUGUGUGUUAUUUUAUUGAUUGUUGAUUAUGAUUAAUAUGCAAUUAUUAUUGUGCCUGUUGUGAGAUCAUUCAAACAUGUGAUAAAAGCCAGUUUUUCUGGCGAUCAAGUCUGGCGUUUCUUUGUUUCGCCGAACAUUAAAGUAACAUGACUGACACAUAGUGACCAGUGGAGAAUACUACAUAUCACAAUUUGAAUGCAUGUUCUUAACGUCUUAUGCUGUAUUUGUAUUUUCGAUAAUUUUGCUUGAAAAUGCUUAAUUUAGGCAAAAAAUAUGUAAAAUUUGCUUAAAUAUGCGUUUAAAAAAAAAAGCAACAUUGGGGAACAUGUUUAUUUUGACACUGCUUGAGAAGAGUUUUUAAUUUACAUCUUAAAUGUCUUAUUUUCUUUUUUCUUUUUUUCUUUUCUUUCUGUCUACGAAUACGAUGAAAUGGCGAAGUACGCUCUCCAGAAAAAAACACUUCAAACUGCUAACCUGUGGUGUAACAAUGAGCUGGAGUUUCCUGACCCGGUUGCUGGAAGAAAUUCACAACCAUUCCACAUUUGUGGGAAAGAUUUGGCUCACUGUCCUCAUUGUCUUUCGUAUCGUGCUGACGGCGGUCGGAGGCGAGUCCAUCUACUACGACGAGCAGAGCAAGUUUGUGUGCAACACUGCCCAGCCAGGCUGCGAGAACGUCUGCUACGACUCCUUCGCACCACUCUCGCACGUGCGCUUCUGGGUCUUCCAGAUAAUUCUGGUGGCCACGCCGUCAGUCAUGUACCUGGGUUAUGCCGUCAACAAGAUCGCCCGGGCGGAAGAAGAGGCGGACUGUGGAGGAGCGAGUGGUCUGUCUCGCAAGAAAGCCAAGAAGAAUUGCCUUGCUGACAGGAAGCAGCACAGACGCAACAAAGUCCUGCAGGAUGAUGAAGAAGAAGAAGACCCCAUGAUCUAUGAGAUGGCAGAGCUGGAGAGCAAUGGCGGUGUUGCUGCAAAAGGAAGUGCUGGACAAGUGAAGGUGAAGGCACGCCAUGAUGGACGCCAGAGCAUCAAAAAGAAUGGUCUGAUGCGUAUUUACAUCUUUCAGCUUAUAGCGCGCUCUGUCCUGGAGGUGGCCUUUUUGGGAGUACAGUACAAGCUUUAUGGGUUUGCAGUGCCCACCACUUACAUGUGCUCAGUCCGCCCAUGCCCCCACAAUGUGGACUGCUUCAUAUCACGGCCCACAGAGAAGACCAUCUUCCUCCUCAUCAUGUACACAGUCUCCUUGCUUUGUCUAGUCCUCAAUAUAUGGGAGAUGCUUCAUCUGGGCAUAGCUACCAUCUGUGAGAUUUUACGCUCCCGUCACGGGAACGUGUGCGACAAGGAGGUCUUUGGACUGUCAAGAGGACCAGGCCUGCUUCAUACCGACGAAUACAACAGUUACCCCUCCUCCUGGAACGCACCGUCAGCCCCGCCGGGAUACAACAUCGCUAUCAAGCCCCCCAUGGUGUACACGCGGCCCCACGACCAGCCACUUCCUGUCACCCACCUCAGCAAAAGUAAGACGGUGUGCCAGCAGAACCCUGCCAUCACCGCUCAAGAGGAGGGUCAGCGAUACUCUAACAGUGAACACAACCCGGCCAAUGCCCCUGGAAGCGCCCAUGGGGAAGACCUCCAGCCACAGCGCCGGCGUGAGGCUGAAUAUCAAGCCGAUAUGCUGCAGCAGACCCACAGCAACAACCAGCGCAAAUCCCCACCUGAACACAGUCACUGGCAUGCCUCCAAACAUACCUCCACCAAGGCAAACAGAGGAGGAGGCGGCGGCAGCAGCAGCAGCACCAGUGGAAGUUUCAAAUAUGGAGAGAUAAAAGGUUCAGAGUGGAUUUGAUUAGUAAGACUUUUCUAUGCAGAAGUGCCUUGUUUUUAAAGGUGCGGCGUAGUAUUGAUGCUGCAAUACUUCCAACACCAGCAUAUGCAAUAAGAAGCUACAUCACCGCAACUUGUUUCAUUUAUAUACCCUGCAAAGCCUUGAACAUGACGGCGGUGUGUGUGCGUGCGUGUGUGAAAAUAUUAUUACAAUUAUUGCCCAACAAUAAUUAAUUGGGGGAAACAAAUAAAUGUUUUUAAAUCUGAAUACUGUACAAUGUAAACUGUGUCAUAUUUUCUCACUUUGUUAGACUUGAAAUGUUAGCAGACAGUCAAGGAGUCUGUCUUAUUAGUUACAAUAUCAUUUCAUGUAUCUAUUAUUGUUGAUGUUUCAGACUACCAAAUUCCAAGAAUAUGUGUCCUUAAAGUUGUUAGUUUGUGUAAAGCACUUUUAUGAAAAAUGCAUGUUCUUAAAAAUAUCAAAUGUUAUGUAAGCUUCCAUCACCACUUCUUGUGUCAGAACCGGAGUAACAGUGCCGCCUGCUGGACAAAAAUAAAUUCACUCUAAAUUCA